GUUUUUGUUUGGAUCAGGCCGCCGUCCAUCUUUUGGUAUCCCCCCCUCAUUUCAGUCCUUACUGUCAAUCCAUAGGCCCCUGGGUUACUGUAAGCUCCAGAUUCGCUUCUGUAGCUCACUACCCACAUCACUGCCCAUCAUGAGGUUCUCAACCCUGGUCAACGCGCUUAGUGCGCUUACUACCCUGCCGGUGUUUUCAGCCGCUCUCACCGUUGGUGAUGUCAUGAGCCAGUCGUUGGUCCAUUUCGGUGAGCGUGAGCUCGAGGCCCGAGACACUGUAGGCGAUAUCCUCAAGGACAUUGAGAAUGGGGCGUCAUGUGGCGCAUGCAACGCCCUGCUCCUCGUCCUUCAGGCCCUUGCUCACACGGGCAACGACAACUUCACCAAGGUCAUCACGGCUGUCUGCAAGGCUCUGAAGGUCCAGGACGAUGAUGUUUGUGCGGGAGCCAUUGGUCUCGAGGGACCCAUCCUGGCACAUGACCUUCGCACCAUGAGCGUCGGUACCAAAACCUCGGACCUCUUCUGCCUGACCGUCUUUGGCCUCUGCCAGUGGCCCGACGUCGACACCAAGAACGCACCAGCACUUUCAGCCAAGCCCGCCGGCGCCACCCGCCCCGCCACCAGCGGCCGUGCUCCGCUCAAGGUUGUGCACAUCAGCGACAUCCACAUCGACCUGAGCUACGAGCAGGGAGCCAGCUGGAACUGCACCAAGAACAUUUGCUGCCGUCCCUACACCGCUGCCGACGAGCCCGGCCAGAACGACACCCCUGCCGGCAAGUUUGGUGACGUGCACUGCGACACCCCCGUCAGCUUGGAGGAGAGCAUGUACACCGCCAUCGAGACCCUCGUGCCCGACCGCAACUUUACCAUCUUCACGGGUGAUGCGGUCGAGGGCGCUGUGUGGCUCGUCACCGAGUCCGAAGUCACCAACGACCUGAACGACGCCUUUGGUCGCAUGCGCAGCCUAGGGUCGGUCUAUCCCGUCACCGGCAACCACGACGUCGCCCCCGUCAACUCGUUCCCACCAGCCGCGGUCGACACCACCAUAUCCUCGCAGUGGGUCUAUGACACCAUGAGCUCGGACUGGCAACCGUGGAUCGGAUCAGAUGCUGCGGCCAAGGUCUCGACCAACUACGGCAGCUACUCCGUCUUGGACAAGGCGUCGGGUCUGCGCAUCAUCAGCAUCAACACAAACUUUUGGUACAAGCAAAACUUUUGGAUGUAUGAGAAGAAAUGGGAGAGCGACCCAAGCGGCAUGUUCGCUUGGCUUGUCAGUGAGUUGAGCAAGGCCGAGGCUGCCAAAGAGAGAGUUUGGAUUCUUGGACACAUGCCUAUGGGCUCUGGGGAUACCUUCCACGACGCCUCCUACUACUUUGACCAAAUCAUCCAGCGAUACGACGCCACCAUCGCAGCCACCUUCUACGGCCACACCCACAAGGACCAGUUCGAGAUCGCCUACAGCGACUACAACUCUCAGUCCGCCUCUACUGCAACCAUGGUCUCAUACGUCGCCCCGGCCCUGACCCCUACAUCCGGCAACCCCACCUUCCGCGUCUACGACGUCGACCCCGUCACCUUUGCCGUGCUCGACUACACCGUCUACUACACCGACAUCAACGCCGCGACCUACCAGACGAACCCCGUCUGGCAGAAGCUCUACUCGGUCAAGGAGGCAUACGGCCCCUUGGUCGGCGUGACCGACUCCAAGGCCGAGCUGACGCCCGGCUUCUGGCACGACCUCACCACCGUCUUCGAGAGCAACGACACCGUCUUCCAGACCUACCGGGCCCGCAAGACCCGCGGCUACGACACGUCAUACUGCGACGCCGACUGCAAGGCCGCCGAGAUCUGCCAGAUGCGCGCGGCCGACGCCCGGUACAACUGCAUCACCAUCAAGCCCGGCGUCAACUUCAAGAGGGACAAUAGCAGCAUUUCCGACGGCGGCGCCGACGGCCACGGCCACGUCGGCGAGUGCGACGGCAGCCAGGCCGCGCCCAUCCUCAGCUCAAUCUCUACGUCCACCGAUGGCCUAGAGACUCUCAAGAGCACGUUGGUGGACGUUUUGGGUACUGCGUUCCUGGAUCAGCAGGUCGCUGAUUAUAAUGCGUCGACUAUUGCGAAUUGA